CGCUGUACAGUUCGCUCCUGCAGCACACCACGGCCCCACUACUCUGUACACUCACACACGUCAGACCUUGACCAUUAUAAUAUUAUCAUCUCUACUCUUACACUACCAUACGAGUAUUAUUAUUAUUAUUAUUUUUACUAAAUAGGUAUUGGAUUGAGAAUCGAUCAGUUAUAUUUAAUGAAUUCACGCCGCAGUACGUGAACUCCGCAUUAUCCACAUAGGAUACCACCGUUGGACCCUACUGCAGAGAUGUGGUCAAAAAUGUUGCUGUUAAGUUUAAAUAUUUACAUUAUACUGUCAAUAGUGGAUGGCAGUAAAAUCAUUUUUUUGGAUUCUGUGAUGCAGAAAAAUCCUAUUAAUGAAACCUUAGCUAUGAAUGAAACUGGACCUAUGAAUGAAAUUGUAUCUAUGGGUUCUAUGUUUUUAGAUAAAUUUACUAAUGUAAAUAGACCUAUAAACAUUAAUACAAUUACGAAUGAAACACAAAAUAUGAUUGGAACUAAAACUAUGAAUGAAACUCAACCUAUAAAUGUAACUAAACCUAUAAAUGAAACAAUUCAUCAACAAGUACACAACUCAACUUCAAAUACAGAGAAAUUGACUCUAGGUCUAUUAGAUGCAACAUUGAAUAUUGACAGAUCAAUUGACAGUUUGCAAUCACAUGGUUCUAAUCAUGAUCAUAAUAUAGUUAUAUCACCGAUAUGUAUAGCGGCAGCUAUGUCACUUGUUCUUCUGGGAGCUCAUGGUGAAACCAAAACAGAAGUUGGUAAAUUGUUUGGUUACGAUGAGAUCACAUUAAGUCAUUUAGCUGACAAAAGUAACCAAAAUUUUAAGGAUUUGGGAACAUUAUUAAAUUACUUUCAAACCAACUCUGGUGAAAAAUUGGGCACAGAAGUUAACCUAGCAAAAGCAAUGUUUGUUCAAAAUGGCUAUAAUCUUACAAAAAAUUUUAUAAAAGCAGCUGAAGAUUAUUUAAACUCCCAAUUAGUUACAGUUAAUUUCCAAUCAGAUGGAGAACACACAAAACACAUUAUAAACCAAUGGGUGUCGAAUCAAACACGUGGAAAAAUCAAUGAUAUAUUACCUGAUAUCCCUCCAGCUGAUACCAAGACUAUUAUUGCAAGUGCUUUAUAUUUCACAGGCGAAUGGGAGAACCCAUUUUUUAUCAACUAUACUAGAAUAAAACCAUUUUGUUAUGGAGCAAUUACUGGUGAAAGAAAAUCACCCAAACAAAACAAGGAUUGUAUAUAUGUCCAAAUGAUGGUAGGCAGUAGUGAAGUAUUAUUUCAUAAAAAUGAAGGAUUAGAGUUUAAAGCCAUAGGGCUACCAUACAAAGGCAAUCAAUUUAUAACAUAUUUUGUGCUUCCCGACACAAACGUCAGUUUAAGCAGUUUAACAGCAAAAAUGAAUGGGAAAACAAUCAAAAACAUAACCAAAACUGCAAAGAUCACAGAACUUACAUACUUUGUCCCUAAAAUGACUCUUAAGUCUUUGACUAACCUACGACCAGUUUUGCAGAACUUAGGAAUUAACAAAAUGUUUGACCCUUUAAAGGCUGAUUUAUCAAAUAUGGCUUCAGACCCAGGUUCUUACAUUAGUGAUAUUUUACACCAAGUUGAAAUUGAUGUCAAUGAAAUUGGUACAGUGGCGUCAGCAGCUACUGUAGUAACUAUAACAAGAGGAGGCCAGACUAUUUUUAAUGUAAACAAGCCAUUUAUUUUUUUUAUUCAUCAUGUAGAAAGUGAUACAGUAGUAUUUUGGAGUACUGUAUAUAAACCUAUGCCAUAUUCAAUGACACCACCAAAUUUAAAUUCUUUUAAAAAAACAUAAAUCCCUAUUAGUGUAAUUUAAAUAUUUAAAAAGUUUUUUUUAUUGUAAUCUUGAAUACUUAUACAAAUAUAAUAAUAUAUAUGUUAUGUUACUUCACAAA